AUGGUAUUGCUUCCUCGUGUUGGUAGAGAAUUCCAGGCUGAAAUUCCAGACCUAAUAAGAGGACCUGAGUACAGUAGCUAUCUGAACCGGCCGGUUGACACAGAAAACAAAGAUCAUGUGCCCUUUGAUUUUUUUGUGGGAUUACCAGUACCAGUCACAUUGAUCAGAGAUAUCAGCACUGUCUCAGAGAAAAAGAAAGAUGAAAGGCUGGACUUUUCUGCACAAUCAACUGACUCGCUUCCAAAAGAUCCAUGUUACGUUUUGGUUCCUGGGGUCUGCCGUGAUUUAUGGAAUGAUACAGAAGAGGCAAGCUUUCUUCUUGGCUUGUACCUCUUUAAGAAGAAAUUUGUUGAGCUGAAGAAAUUCGUUGGGAAUAAAAAAAUGGGAGAAAUAUUGUUUUUCUACUACACGGUGUUUUAUAAGUCCUCUAGAUUCAAUAGAUGGUCAACGUGUAGUGAAGGCAGAAAAGGGAAGCGUGCAUAUGGCACAUGGUUAUUCAAAGGUUUCAGGCAUCAGGAACUAUUAUCUCGUCUGCAUCCUCAGGUCUCCGAGGAAAGGCAGAAACUGCUGAGGGAGGUGACUGAAAAAUAUGCAGAGAAGGACAUGUCACUAACUGAAUAUGUGUUCUCUAUAAAAUCUAUUGUUGGGUUAGAAACCUUUGUUAAUUCAGUUGCCAUCGGAAAAGGGAACCAAGAUCUAACAAGCAUUGUCCGUAGGCCUGGGCGGAUACCUGUUGGUGAAGCAUGUUCCAAUCUUGAACAUGCUGAGAUUGUGAAGAUUCUAACUGGAAAUUGUCGUUUAACCAAAGUUCAGUGUAGUGAUUUGUUCUGGGAAGCCGUCUGGCCCUGUUUACUGGCAAGAGGAUGGCACUCAGAACAGCCAAAAAACAAAGCUUCUCUGGUCUUUCUUCCUCCUUGUGUUGAGAAGUUUUCAAGAAAACUAGUUAAAGGAAACCAUUAUUUUGAAUCUCUUAAAGAUGUCUUGAGUAAAGUUGGUUCUGAACCAGAGCUUCUUCAGCUUGACACUUAUAAUGAUGCAGGGGAGAAGAAAGAAGAGAAGGGGUUGAUUGUGGAGACCAAGGAGCAGCAAAAUUUGCCUAAGAAGCGUCGUUUUUCUUUGCAGCCUCAAUCUCAAAUUUGUGAUAUGGAUAAUGUAACUCAUACAAGCCUCGAUAAUGGAAAAUCUGUCAAAUUCAAAAAAUUGAAAACUUUGCCAUCAGAAAUGAUAAUUGUUUCCCAACACAGUGAGGAGGAUACUUCUUUUGUCUCAACUAUUAAAUCCAAUUGCAUCCAAAACGUGUCGGUGGAUCAGCAAACAAGUAGUUCAAACCAACUUGUUCGGAUUGAUGGUCCGGAAAUCAUAAAGAAAGCAGAAAAGCAAAAGAAGUUGUACGGCGACAAGCAGGCACCAGAACUAGUAGAUAUUCAGUUGAGCCAAAAGCUGAAGAGAGAUAAUCUUGAUAAUUUACUUUCAGUCAGGGGAAGUCACAGGACUACAACUGCUUGUACUAAUGAGGAGAUAGGUUCCGACAGGAGCACAUUCCCAUUGGUUCCGAGAUUUGGAAACCCUUGUGGGAGCACUACUAGAGCUUCUCAAGAUGAUGAUUCUUAUGAUCAAGAAAAUUCUCAAUCUGGCAUGUUCAUGACAAAUUUAGCAAACGUGCAAGAUGAUAUCACGAGCACCCAACAGGAUGCUUGCUGUGCACUUCAAACCUCUGCAGAUAAGAUUGCUCCUGAGCAGCCUAUUUACAUGAACUCUAGGAGACAAAGUACCAGGAAUAAACUACCAACUGCAAGAGCUCUUGAAGCCCUGGUAGAUGGAGAUUUAACAGUGAAGAGAAGGCGGAAGUAG